AUUCGCAAAAGGGCAGGAUGACUAAAAAAAAUACAAAACGAAACCAAAAUGAUAAAAAAAUGACAAAACAAAGUGACGAACCUUCUUCCAAUGAUACAGAUUCGCAAAGAGAUAGUGCGGCGACUAAUAUUAAAUCUAAUGACCAAAAUAGUCUCUCUACUGUUAACGAUGGUUCUAAUACUAGCAACAACGAUACCUUUAGUUGUUACAAUAUUCCUGACGCUAAGGAAGCUUUAAAUCCUACUGAUGCUAGCUGUAAUUCUGAUGACGAUAGUUCUAAGGAUGUUACUAGCCUCAAUUCGGACGAUAGUUCCAAGGAUAAUGCCGGCUGCAAUUCUGACGAUAAUUCCAACCCUGACGAUAAUUCAAAGGAUGAUACCACCUGCAGUUCUGACGAUAAUUCCAACCAUGACGAUAAUUCCAAGGAUGUUACCACCUGCAAUUCUGACGAUAAUUUCGAUAAUUCGAAGGAUACUACUAAUUCUACUCUUAGCAACGGUGCUUCUAUUAAUGAGCAAAACUCAGAGCCUACUAGUGAUAACUAUAUUCUUAAUGCCAAACAAGGUCUUGACAACGAUACUUCUAAUACUGAGCAAAACUCAGAGCCUACUAGUGAUAACUAUAGUCUUAAUGUCAAACAAGGUCUUAACAACGAUACUUCUAAUACCGAGCAAAACUCAGAGCCUACUAGUGAUAACUAUAGUCUUCAUGUUAAACAAGGUCUUAACAUCGAAACUUCUAAUACAGAGCAAAACUCAAGGUCUACUAGUAAUAAAGGUCAAGGUUCUCUUAGUGGUGAUUCAAACAAUACUGAUAAUUCACAAUAUUUAAACUUAAACCCAAUUAAAUCGAUCAUUUCAUUAGUUAGCAUUAGUAUUUUAGUUGCUGUCAUCGCUAUUACUUUCGGAUUUGCAUUUUAUUAUGAAGUAGCAUCCUCUGUGAUCAUGGAAUAUCAAGUCACAAGUAAAUAUCUUGCUGACGUUAUAAGCCGGCAUGAAUUAUCCUCUAAAAAUUCUGAUAAGGUGGCACAAUACCUUAAUCAGCUCGGGGAUAAAAUAGGUAAAUCAGGGGAGGCCAUCGAAAAAAUGUAUUCCACCGGCAAUUUUGUUCUUAAGGAACUUAUAGCAGAGCUGAAAUCCAUUAAUGGAGAAAUUUACCAGGAACAAGUUAUUACAAGACAAGAUGUAAUGUAUUUUGCUGAACGUUACGAGAAGAUUUUAAGAAUAAUCACUAAGCUACGAGAUGAAUUUAGAAUAACCAAAAAUGAACUUGAUGAUCUUUAUUAUUUAUAUAAUGGGAUGCAUCAUCAAUUUGCAAAUGGGAUAAAAGAUGUAGAACUUUUUUUUGACGAGAAUAAAUUAGAAUUGAGGGAGCGCUAUCGGUAUAAUAUAGAAAAAUUAGAGCGAAAUUUCGGAUAUUUAAAACAAAUAAUGAAGAAGAUUCCUGACAUACGAUAUCAUAUUAAUAAUCUUUUAUCUGAAUUCGAUAAGCAUCGAUUGGUAGUGAUUGG